GCCGGCCGAGAUGCCAGCAUCCUCACUCGAGUACCAUGGACGGCGGCUCCCUCGAGAACCGCCGCAUCGAGAGCGAGCCCUUCCUCUCCCACGUCGCCGGCCAGGUCCUCCAGGGCCUCGCCUACCUCCACAGCCGGAAGAUCGUCCACCGCGACAUCAAGCCGUCCAACCUCCUCAUCAACAGCCAGAAGCAGGUCAAGAUCGCUGACUUCGGGGUCGGGAGGAUCCUGGCCCAGACCAUGGAUCCUUGCAAUUCCUCGGUGGGCACCGUCUCCUACAUGAGCCCCGAGAGGAUCAACACGGAUCUCAAUGACGGGGCUUACAACGGGUACGCCGACGACAUCUGGAGCUUCGGGCUGAGCGUGCUCGAGUUCUACCUGGGCAAGUUCCCCUUUGGGGAGAACUUGAGAGGGCAGGGGGACUGGGCCAGCUUGAUGUGCGCCAUCUGCUUCUCGAACCCGCCGCAGGCGCCGGCGACUGCUUCGAGGGAGUUCAGGAGUUUCAUUGCCUGCUGCCUGCAGAAGGAGCCCGAUAGGAGAUUGAGCGCCGUGCAGCUGCUUCAGCACCCGUUCAUCACGAGGUCGACUCAGACGUCGGGAUCGACGUCGGUCUAGAAUCGCGAGGUUGAUGGCGGAUGGCGAGCGAUGGAAGAUUAUUUGGCUGGCUUGCUUGCUUGAGAUGUUGAAAACCCAGCCGGGGAUUCGACGGUGGAAGGAGGAGGAUUGAGGAGGAAAUUUGGUAUAAAACCUGUUUUUAUAAUUGAAAUUAGACGCGGCCCCAUUUGUCCCCUUUCCCUGAAUAAUGAUAUUUAUGGGCUCUGUUCCUCUUUUACU